CACUUCCGGCGGCCCCAGCCCCAGCACGGCUACCCCAGAGCUCCCGUUGCUGAAGGGGCGGCGGCGGUCUUAAGUAGCCUCGCGAAGUAGAUGCGAGCGCGUAAGUGCAACAGUCGGCACCCACAUCCCACGUUUGUGACAUGCCAAACGUCUGGGCCUUGCCGCAUCGCCCCUCGCUGCCUUCACUGCGCCCCUGCCCCCCUCUCCCCCUCUCCUCGCCCUUCCCUUCGCGCCCCGCCCACCCCUUCUUGCUCCGCCCCGUUUCCAGGGAGCCGAACGGGGCCCAACGGCGCCGAACGGCGGAGUCGAGCGGAAACGAGCGAGCGCAGUCCAGCUGAGCUGACGCGAGGCUCUGGGCCGAGCGGGACGUACCCCGGCCUAGCGGCCCAACCAACAGAGCGGGGCCGAGCUGAGCCGAGUGGAGCCGAGCUGGGUCGAAUAGGGUCGAGUGGAGCCGAGCGGGGCCGAGCCGAGCCGAGCCGAGCCGAGCAGUGCCCAGCGGGACUUAGCGGGGCGGAGCGCCGGGCCCGGGCUGUAGCCGCGGCCGCCGCCAUGAAGCGGGACCGGCUCGGUCGCUUCCUGUCUCCUGGGACGGCGGGGCAGCGCGGGGGCUCCGGCGGCGGCGGCGGCGGCGGCGCCUGUGGCAGCGGCCGGACCCGUGGCCGCCCGGCCCGCAGCGGGCCGAGCGUGGACGAGGCUGCGGCCCUGGUGGCGGCUCGGCUGGGCUGGGGCCUGGCGCGGGCCCGCGGGGACACGGGCGAGGACGGCGCCGACGAGGCAGGAACAGGCCGGGCUCUUGCCAUGGGGCACUGUCGCCUCUGCCACGGGAAGUUCUCCUCACGGAGUCUCCGCAGCAUUUCUGGCAGGGCACCUGGGGAGAGCGCAGACAGACCACCCCCAGGGGAGCGUGUUUUCAUCAGGGACUUCCAGCACCUGCUGGGGGUGGCUGUCCACCAGGACCCAGCUCUGUCUCAGUUUGUCUGCAAGAACUGCCACGCCCAGUUCUAUCAGUGCCACGGCCUCCUCAAGUCCUUCCUGCAGAGAGUCAACGUCUCCCCGGCGGGCCACCGGAAGACUUGCACAAAGGUCGGUGCCCAGCCCCCGCCAGGGGCAGAGGAGGGAGCGUGUCUGGUGGACCUGAUCACUUCGAGCCCCCAGGGCCUGCGCGACUUGGUGGCCUGGGUGCACGGACACGCAGCCAGCUGCGGGGCCCUGCCUAGCCUCCAGAGGACACUGUCCUCCGAGUACUGCGGUGUUAUCCAAGCCGUGUGGGGCUGUGACCAAGGCCACGACUAUACCAUGGACGCCGACUCCAGCUGCGGGGCUCUUUUGCUGGACAGUGCGCUGGCAGUCAAAUGGACAUGGGACAAGGAGAUGGCCCCGUGGCUCACCCAGCAUCGGGGGUCCAACCCUACUGGGGCUGCCCCUCAGAGCUCCCAGGGCAGAGCGACCACAACUCCAGCCGAGACCGAGACCCUGCCCGGCGUGGACGCGGCCCCGCCUCCUUCAGAUGUCAACCCUGUAGGGCCUGGCCUGUGCCCCCCACCUCAGCCAAGCUUUCCCCCAAGUGGGGCCCCAGGGCGGUUGGGUGAGAAGCAGGUUCCGUCUUCAACCUCGGAUGAUCGGGUAAAAGACGAGUUCAGUGACCUUUCUGAGGGAGACAUCCUGAGUGAAGACGAAAAUGACAAGAAGCAAAGUACCCAGUCGUCAGAUGAAUCCUUUGAACCUUACCCAGAAAAGAAGGUCUCUGGUAAAAAGAGCGAAAGCAAAGAAGCCAAGAAGGCUGAAGAACCAAAAACGCGCAAGAAACCAGGCCCCAAGCCGGGCUGGAAGAACAAGCUUCGCUGUGAGAGGGAGGAGCUGCCCACCAUCUACAAGUGCCCUUACCAGGGCUGCACGGCCGUGUACCGCGGGGCCGACGGCAUGAAGAAGCACAUAAAGGAGCACCACGAGGAGGUCCGGGAGAGGCCGUGCCCCCACCCCGGCUGUAACAAGGUGUUCAUGAUCGAUCGUUACCUGCAGCGCCAUGUGAAGCUGAUCCACACAGAGGUGCGGAACUAUAUCUGUGAUGAGUGUGGCCAGACCUUCAAGCAGCGGAAACACCUUCUCGUCCACCAGAUGCGCCACUCAGGAGCCAAGCCUCUGCAGUGUGAAGUCUGUGGGUUCCAGUGCCGGCAGCGGGCAUCCUUGAAGUACCACAUGACUAAACACAAGGCUGAGACCGAGCUGGAUUUUGCCUGUGACCAGUGUGGCCGGCGGUUCGAGAAGGCCCACAACCUCAAUGUGCACAUGUCCAUGGUCCACCCUCUGACGCAGACCCAGGACAAGGCCCUGCCCCUGGAGCCACCAUGCGGGACUACGGAGGGCCAGGCUGUGAAGCCUGAGCCCACCUGAACUCAGGCGGGUAAAUGGGGUUUAGACGGUUUCAAUAGUUCAUUUGAGACCUGAUGGCACAGCUUCGCCCGCUGCCCUGGAGCCCCCAUGCCGUGUCCCCUCACCUGUGUGUCAGGAGGGCACUGGACAGCAGUACAGUGAAGGGGGGCUCACCGUGCAACUCCCGUAGCCUUUCCAGCGUCCGCUCUGGGACCAGCAUUUACCCACGAUACUGACCUUGGGGCCAGAUGGAUUUUAAAUCAUUGAUUCCUAUUCCCCACUAAAGCAAUCGAGGAGAUUUGUAAUCCACUUUCUAGUGCAAGAGCUCCGUGUUAUGCUCGUAAUAAAUUAUUUACAAAGGAGCCGGGCUGUGCGCCGCGCAGGGUCCAGUCAGAAGAGCCGGGGCUCCCGGUAGAGGUCAGCAUCCGGCCCGGCCUGCUGUCUGCUCAGGAGGGCAGCCCUCACGUCCGGGUCACAGUCCGCACUGGUGGCCAGCAGCUGCAAGAAACCGACUGUGCUCAGCCGAGUGCAGCCCCCAGACACCCGGGGCCUGGGGACAGGGAAGCUGGCAACCACAGCCCAGCAGGUAAGUGGCCACAGUGCAAGUGCCGCACCCCCGGGUUGUCCUCUUAAUGGAAGUGCUGUAUCUACAGCACUCUCGUUUGCUCUUCGACACACACACCAGAGUGAGCGUCUGCGUGUUACCUCGGCCACGUUUGAGAAGCUCUCUUUUGGGCAUCUAGGUAUUGACCGCAGCAGAAAACGACGAGCUUCUGUUAUCAAGCCGACAGGGUCACCCUGAAGAGAGGACAGGUAAAGCCACAGGUCAGGGGAUCCCGUGAUGAGUCAGGAUGCCCCCAUCUGCUCACCGUGCCAGUAGGGGCUGGGCUGUCACAGGCCUCAAGCCCCGGAGAGCUGGCUGCACGGGGCUGUGAGGCGUGUCACCUGCCUGUCCCCGGCGCUCCCGGCUCCUGCUGGCUACGGUGGAGAGUGCACUGGUUUCCCCGGCCACGAAGAGACGGAUCAGCUUUAGGUACAUGUCGACGGCAACGUGCAGGAAGGCAUCCUCCCUGGUGAGGGCGUCUUCGUCAAAGUAGGAGAGAAGGCUGAAGAUAAGGAGACACAAGUGACUCUAAGACCUCACAGAAGUGAGUGGCAAUCAGCACGGCAGCUGCUCAUCUGAGGAAUGACGUCACAGGCAUCUUUCCCGUCUGGAGGGAGACACGCCGUGGUACUGAGGAUCUAGGGCUGGGGGAAGGGGAGGACCACCUCCUCUGACCACGCACGACCCUGCGGGCACGAACUCCUUCCCGGAUUGCUCUGGCAGCAACCCGGGAAGUCGGUGCAGUUACCUGUAGAAGGCGAACGGCAGCAGUCUGACGUACUGGUCUGGGGCCAGGCGGAGGAGGACGUGGCCCAGGCCGCCACCUGCAACACCGAGAGGGGAUGGCUUUAGUCAGCUCCGUGGGUGCCCGCCUACCCUAGGGUCGGCACGUUCACGGAACGUCAGGAGCCUGGCGACGAGGGGCGACGUCCUCAUUCUGGAGAGCAGGGCUGGUGGCGGAGGCAGGCAGACCCCCUGUCCCCCACCUGAAGGCCUAGUGGCACCCUGGGACUCAGCACCCCCAUGGGAUUCUUUUGUCCUUUAAAUGAGUUUAUUCUGCAUUUAUCCCAAGAUGUGGCUUAUGUAUUUGGCAAGAAGAUACACUUUGGGAAAUGAGUUAGUAAAGUCAGGCCCAAGGUCCCGUUCUUAAUCAUCUGAAAGUUAUUUCUGAAGAAAGAUUAAGAAGUGGGGAUCGCAACCUGUCUCUCUGCUGGGUCACCUGUGUUCCCGGAUGGCUAACUAGGACAGACGCAGGCCGUCGUCCCCUGCUAUCAAGUCUCAGUGGCCUCUUACCUGUCUCUGUCAACUGAAAGAGCACCAGCCAGGAUACCCUCCUCUUCUCCAAACACCCCAGAAUCUCAGCACAAAUGUCCAGAGCCUUCGGGGUGUCAACAGCCUGUGGCCCACAGAAGAGGGAGGCUGACUAGAAGGUCGUGAGUAUCCGCACAGCCACACACGCUGGGGAGCCUUCGUGUGUCCUGUGAGCCUUAAAUGGUGACUAGGGGGAACAGGCCAGGGACCCUCGUGCCUGAGUCCUGAAGUAAGACCUCAAAGGACAGGCCUAGGGGUUCUCGCUUUUGAGAAACCCUUCAAGACAGAGGUUCCGGGGCUGUCCUCCCAGACACCCUACUGAGGAGGUCUUGGGGGUGUCAUGCAGGCCCGCGGUGGGAAAGGUCACCUUACCUGACGAGGUCUUCCGUGUGGGGUCAGAUGUGAUGAAAGCAGGCCCAUUAAGGAAAAGAAAAACAGGAACACCAACAGCUGCAAACAAAACGGGUGCACUUACAUUAAAUUCCUGGGGCGCCUCAUGGCUCGGCUCAGCUCAGGACCUCACGGUUCAUGGGAUCAAGCCCCGUGUGGGCUCCACGUGGACAGCUCAGAGCCUGCUUGGGAUUCUCUCUCCCUCCCCCAAAAUAAAUAUAUAAACUUAAAUAAAAUUCCCUACAUUGUAUCCUCAAAAAGUAAUUCUAAGUAAGGACAUUGUUCUUUUUUUCCUCUAAGUGGAUCUUAUGAAGAAAAAUUUUAAAGAGACAAUUCGAGAAUAAAUUUUUACCGACUGGGUCAUUUUAUAUGAGCCUUUAAACACGGCUUGCACAAGUGAGAGCAGUGAAACACCAGGCUGUUGCUGUCCCUGAGCUGCAGGGAACUACGCCAGCCCAGCCUCACUCCUUAGCUUCUUGUGGAGAAGUUUAUAAAAUCCCUAGAGAAAAACCCACACGUCCCACCCUGACCAGAGGCAGGGGCCCACCUGCCACAACCCGCUGGAACACACCCUGGCUGGGUGGGGUCUGUCUGGACACUGUCCCCUCAGCUCACAGAGGCCUGGGAGACUUGGAGCCACUAAAAUCACUUUCAAUAAAAUAAACUUAGAAGAAAGUCCCUUGUGGGUUUUUCCACAUUAAAUUAUAGUUACCAAAAACCUCAGGCAGGUGUGUACGUCCAGAGCCUGGACAGGUUGACUUUUAGGUUUAUUUAGAAACAGAGCGUGCAGGCGGGGGAGUGUCAGAGAGAGGGAGAGAGAAUCCCAAGCAGGCUCCACGCUGUCAGCACAGGGCCCGAUGGAGGCGGGGCUUGAGCUCAGGAACCCUGAGAUCAUGGCCUGAGCUGAAAUCAAGAGUCAGACGCUUAAGCGACUGAACAUCCCCCCCCACCCCCACCCUGGCCGGGUGCUCCGACUUUCCAGUUUACCAGUGCUUUAGCUGGGGAGACCCUGGAGGGACCCCGGCUGUGCAAACAGGAGCGCAGAAGGCCCCGCGGGGCAGCGGCUUGUGGAGAGGACACGAGUAAGAUCAAAAGGGAACUUGAUGGUCAAGUAUCACUAAACCUGUCAACCUGGUAAACUUCACUUCCUCAUCAAGUCAGGACGACCCCGCCCUUCCUGUCUCUCCUUGGAAAAGCCCAGUUCAGGUGAACCAUGAGAAACGCAGCUGGUCAGAGCACGGGUCAGAAGCAAGCUUGCCAGAAAAGACAAGUGAGAGAAUUUCGUAUCUUGCCUCCUCUCCUUGGCAGCCCAGCCUCUCCAGCUGGCUCUUGACGCUGUCUUUCCCGGCUCGCUGGAUUUCAAAGUACAGUGCGGCAGCAGAGAGCCAGGCCGGGCCAGGCGCAGGGGAUGCCGUGUCAGGGAGGAGGCAGCUAGGAGAUAGGGACGUGUGUCACCACAGAAGCCUCAAAACCCCGUCGUGGUCGAAAACCUCCAGUCCUCGGUCCCGUAACCGUCAGGACGCCAGCCCUGCCCACAUUCACGUCGCGCAGGGAGGGGCUUCAGAGCCAGCAGAAACAAGGUCUGUGUCCCCAGCAACCCCCGGCAGAGCCCUAUGCCUGUGUCAGGCUCGUCCCUGGCUUAGAGACGGGUUUCCCAUCUCCUUAACGGGCUUCUGUGCUGUGGACAUGGGGACGGGUGGGGCCCGGCCAGAGCACCUGGUCCCGACUAGCUGAGCUUUGCAAGAGGGUUGCGAUGCACAGGCCUCUGACCUGGACCCCGCCACUCAGACCCUCGGGUUCUCUCCCAGAAAGGGUUUCCAGCAGGCUCAAAACCAGGCCAAAAAUGAAUGGGAUAUAAUGCAGGAAUUUGGCCUUCCUGGUCUUCUGGGACUUCAGGCACUCGUGACCCUGAGUGGUAUGCGGGGCACCUCGGGGAUAAAGGAGGCUGGGUGGGGUGAGCUCCUCCUGACUGCCUCCAGGAACACCGCUGUCCCCCAGUCCGGCGGGCACCGGAGACCGCCAGCUGGGCAGACCGGAUCUGCCUCUCGAACACAUCCCCGUGAUGCCGACACUGUCAGUCCUGGGCCGACUGCAGGCGUAAGAGGAGAGGAGGGGCGUAGGUGGGCAGCAAAGCUGGGCAGGGGCCUGCUAACAUCAGUCUUUCCCGAAACAUUCUCGAGCUUCUCAGACAGGAACCUGCUAGGUCGCGUCUGUUUCUUCCCUUUCUUGGCAGACCUGUCCCUAUGGCCUGUCAAGGCCAACGUGUCCAUGGAGGUAACCCAGUGCGGGUCCCAAAGGACAGCCACGCUCCGUCCCCUCGUCCCUCUUACCUCCUGCCAAACCGCUGGGCCUCCCACAGUCUCUGCAGCUCCUGGGGCAGUGGGCCCUGGAGGCAUCUCCUCCACCGACUACGGAGUUCGGGCUCCAGACGUGGCCACCACAACUUCCAGAGGAGAGAGAUCACCAGUGAGCGGGUCCCGGGAGGCUCUACCCGGACACCUCCUCAGUCCCGCAGCCAAGAUGCUGAACCCUCAGGUGACCACUGAAGACCGGAGCCCACCCGCCGGUGGGCACCGCUCAGCGCGGCGCACGUCCCGCCCACGCCUCCGGCCUUCGGGUGGUGCCCCGUGCACUUGGGUCCACGGCAGUGCCAGGAGGGGUUUCUCUUCCUCUGCAGAUGACACGACGGAGCGGGUGUUUGACACACACCACGGCUCUUGCAGGGAACGCCACCCAAAUGAGCCACAGACUAAGAAAAGUGGAGACCCUCGGGGGCGCAGCAGCUCGGCUCCUGUGGCUGCCAGAGCCUGGGCUCCAGCUGACGAAACCAGGGCAGCUGCCUGUUGUCAGGAAUCUAAGAGCACAGGGCACCAGGGGGGGGCCUCUGGAUUUCAGCUCGGGUUGUGAUCUCCCGGUUCGCAGGAUGGAGCCCCGCGGUGGGCUCUGUGCUGACAGCGUGGAGCCUGCCUGGGAUUCUCUCUCUCAAAAUAAA